AUGUCAACAAUGCAGCUCCUAGAGGAGGAAAGGCGUUUCAUCCUCACACACUCACACUCACGGGAGACCCUUGUACACUCCAACUGAUGCCUACGGUGCUUUAAAAUCAGCGGUUUCGGCUGUUGGAGGGCUGCGGGGACACAACAAUGUGGACUUAUUUCUGAGGAGCUGAACGCAGACGAGCAGGGAAAAGGGGGUGCUAGAGGGAGUGAUGUCGGCAGAAGAGGAGCGGGAUGGAGAGGGGGCAGCCCCCUUGUAUGUGUAUGAAUCCAAGGUCCACUGUGCCAACGUGCUGCUGAGCCUGGAGGAGCAGCGGCGGCAGGGCAUCCUGUGCGAUGUCACUGUGCUGGUGGAGGGCAGGGAGGUGCGCGCUCACAGGGCCGUCCUUGCCGCCAGCAGCCGCUACUUCCUGCAGGCCCUACUGGGGCACAAUGGGACAUCAGGAGAGGUGGAGCCCAUCAUUAACCUGCCAGACAAGGUGACUGCUAAAGGUUUUGCUCCACUGCUCCAGUUUGCCUACACAGCCAAGCUGGUUAUAAGUCGGGAAAACAUUCAUGAGGUCAUCCUGUGCGCUGACUUCCUGGGAGUUCAUAAUUUGGAGGACUCCUGCUUUCGGUUCCUUCAAGCCCAGCUACAAAAUGACAGCCAGCACGCCAGUAAUGGCAAGGUGGAAUACGAUGAGGACAUCACGGCAGACGAUGCAGUUUUUUCUGAAGCGAUAUGCUCGGAUGACUCUUCAGAGACCACGCAGCAGACCAAUCACGUAGCAAGCACUGCGUCACUUCCCACUGACCUUUCUCAAUGUCCUAAAUACAGGAACUAUCAGUACCAGAUCUGUGAUAACAAGCACAAUGGAGAAGACCAUCAUGGUGGUGAUUACUCCAACCAUACCUCAGUAAGUCCUGUGAGCUCGCAGUUUAGAGACAACAGCACUGCUUCACAAACUCUUCUCAGCCCCUCCAGGAUCAAAGAAGAACCAUUUGCGUUUGAGGGAGAAGGGGAUGAAAGGAGCGGUAGCAACCCAGAGUUGUGUACCGAGGAGGUGCUGGAGAUGGAGCUGGAGGUAGAAGGGGUUCCAGUAGCAGCUGAGCACUCUCCGAGCCAAGGUUCACCUUCUUCCUGUUUGCGCUCCUACCUCCAGAGAGGCGGCUUAGAUCUCAGCGGCGUGCCGAGCACCACCAUCCAGCAGUUACUCACCAACAGACUGACCCUCAACCACUACAAGGAACUGGUCAAAGACAGGCGGGAUAAGAGGGAUUGUAUGGGUCAAGUGGACCAUAAGAAUGCAGAUGGCAUUGGCAAGAACAUGGAUAGACCAGUUUCCAAAGCCUCCUCGUCUAAACAUGAGGGGGAGCUGGACAGAGCCAGUGUCAUUUUCUCUUCAGCAGCUGGCGAGCAACAGAUGUUGACCAAUUCCUACAUGGACGAUCAUCUCCGGGAAAAAGUCUCGACCCUGAUGCAGGUAGAAUCUCCUUCUGGUCGGUCCCACCUCCCCUCCAGCUGCCCUGUUCCAAUCAAGACAUCAGCGCACUCCCCUCCUCCUUCUGAGCCCCACACCCAGACGUCCAGCUCCCGGUCCUCCUUCUCGUACCCAGAGGAUGCCGGCAGCGGUAGCUCACCUUUCAACCUCCCCCAGUUUGACUUCUCCACAUCCCCGCACUCAGGCUCCACCUCUGGACUCUCUGUUUCGCAGAGGAACCCCCACAGCGGAGAGCUGGUCUUCUCUCAGGGUUGCACCAACAUCAAAAGUGAACAGGGCUUUGGUGCCAGUGGGGACAACUCCAGCGACGAGUCAGGCUCCUUCUCAGAGGGAGACAGUGAGAGUGGCUCCAGAGUUCACGCUCCUGAGGUGAAGCUGCCCUUCCCUGUGGACCAGAUUACACACCUGCCUCGCAACGACUUCCAGAUCCUCAUCAAGAUGCACAAGCUGACCUCAGAGCAGCUGGAGUUCAUCCACGACAUCCGCCGCCGCAGCAAGAACCGAAUCGCCGCGCAGCGCUGCCGCAAGAGGAAGCUCGACUGCAUCCAGAACCUGGAGGGAGAGAUCCGCAAACUGGUGUGUGAGAAGGACAAGCUGCUGAGCGAGCGGAACCAGCUGAAGGUGUGUAUGUCGGAGCUGUGGCAGAACCUGUCCUUCCUCUCGCAGCAGGUGUGCAGGGAGGUGCAGGGCACGCAGCCCCCCCCGGACGCCAGCAUUGACCUCACAUCCAACCCAGCAUCGCCUUCUGACCACGGAGGCUCGUCCCGGCCCCGCUCUCCUGCAUCAAGACAAAGCAACGCCGCACGUCUCAGUGAGAGGGGGCGGGAGGGGAGGCGGAGCCCCGAGUGUCCCUUGCUGCUGGGACCCCAUGAGGAAGUAUGUAGCCCCGCUGUAACAGUGGACUUCUGUCAGGAAAUGACUGAGAAAUGUACGACAGAGGAGCAGACCUAGAGGCUCACACUUGUCUAUACCUUGAUUUUCUUUUGUAAUGGAUGACACAUCGUUGUCUUAUCAGCAAUACUGUCCAACAGGUGUUUGUGGACUGGCAGCUUCCUGUCUCUCUCUGUCUCAUCCUGACUCCACUUCCUGUCUGCUUCCCUCCCUCCCUGGUGCAUCAUGGGAGGUUAAACUCAGGAAUUCCUCAGAAUGUUCACUAAUGUCCCUGUAAACACGCACUUUACUUUACAGUCCUGUCAAAGCUUCAUACUUACUUUGGUACAUACUAACAUAUGUUUAACUGCUAAGGGGUUACAGGACUUUAAAGUAAAAUGUUACCAAAGGUGUGGAUUUGUACAAUUUCCAUUGGAUGACGCGGUCAGAUGAACCCAUUAUGCAAACUUUCUUUGGUCAAAUUUCACUUGGACUUCUCAGAUGGACGUUUUUACACAGUUCUCUUCUGCCUUCUUUCAUACGUGCGCUAAGAGACAGAAAUACAUUACAAAGCACUGCCCCCCCCCCUCCCUCCAGGAGGAGACAGCCGCUCUCUGGGGGUCUGGAUAGAUUAAAGGGCCGCACCAUGUCUGACUACACUUCCACUGACCAUUUUUUUCAGCCAGGCAUACAAUGAAACAAAUAUAAGGAAUAAUGUUUACAACAAAUGAAUUUAGUCCUGGUUUCUUCUCAUGGACACAUGAACAUGACAGGAACUGCUAAAUGAAAUUGAUCUCAACCGUUUAAAGGGUUGCAAUGUGUAGACAUUGGUUCACUAAACUAAAAUGAAAAAAUAAUCCUUAAAACAACAACAGACAAAUAUUCAAUGAAAGGGUUUCUUUUUCAAGGAACCUUCUUUACUGGUGUAUUGUUUAUCAGGUAAAGUGAAAUAUAUCCAACAUUAGCUCUCUGGAAAACAGAGACAACAUUAAAUGCUUUAAAGACAGAAAACAGAUGUGCUGUGGAAAGUGAAGUGGUAUAAGUGGAAGGACACACUGGUGUGGUCUCUGAACAGCAGCUGGAAGGAUCAUAAGUGCUUUCUUUGUUUAUUUAUUGUCUUAAAGUAGAGUUUAGUGUCUGUACUUAUGGUAAUGAUGUAUUUAGCUGCACUGUUCUUGUAUUGUACAUAAGACAAGUUCCCCUAAUGAAAGUAUUUGGUUCAGUGUGUUGGUGUGAGACACUUCAGAGCCACACAUCGUAUGUGAAUCUGUUCAAACACAGAGCACCAUGAUCAAUUCCCAACGACCAAUCAGUGUCCCUCAUACAGUAUGAGGCUCAGAGCUCCAAACCAACACACUGGCACCGUAUUGAUUUAGGGAGACGCCAAAUUCAGCCGCAGUGAAACGUCGAUGGUGGGGCACGUGGCCGGGGGAGUGCACUCUGUGGGGGGGGGGGGCUGCUGGUGCAGCGGGGUCAGUGAAACCACUUUCAGCAGGUCAAAGUACAAUUUGGUUAUAUUUCACUGCACCAGUACGGACGAGGACUAGGCAACAUGUAUUGAGUUCUGACCAAAAGAGAUUUUUUCAGAGAGUAUAGCUGGAUUCCGAGGAAUACUUUGAUUUUUAAAGCCAGAGUUCUAUUAAUGUCAACGUUUUGAAAAUAAGGUCAAAAUGGUGAGAAUAUUGUUAGAAUUAUCAGGUUAAAUAAAGAUUUCCAAAUCUUACCUACCUAGAGAGUUAUUGUGCGUUGGAUGAGUUCCAGAGGAGGCCAUUGUUCCAACAAUCACCAACUCGAUUUAUUCUAAUGAAACCCUUAAUUUACGGACAAUUAUGCAAAACAAUAGCACACCCAUAUCAGCGAACAUACUUGCUGCUGUCUACACCUUUCAUUUAUUUAAUGAGGAAAGCCGGGCACCAAGCCAACACAUACUACAAAUGAAUACAUCUUGAAUUAAACCGUCAGUUCUGGAACUCCUUGAACGUGCAAAUCUCGCUAAAAUCCAACAGUUUUCAGUUUUUCUUUAUUGGUAACAGUGCUUUGAAUUUAAAAGGUUAUCUCUGACUUUAAUCUCAGAGUUUAAACACUUUAUUUGGUUCUUGGGUCUUAAAAUGUACCCAUACAUCUUAGAAUUCUGACUUUAAAGAGUUUAAUGUCGGAAUUGUGACAUCUUUCUGAAAAUUCUAACUUGAAUCUCCAAAUAAAUAAAAAAAGGCUCAGUAUUUAUUUUACAUGUGGCCUUUAUUGUCCUCCGUACAUCAGAAACUCAUUAUUGGCCCUUCAAAAUAAGAGCUCCUGUUACCAUGUGAUUUCAUAAAUGCCACUCUUAGUUUAAAAAAAAAUAAGUAAAAUAAUUGAUUAAAAAAAUAAAAACUAGUUAAUCAGAAUGGCAGCUCUAACAGAUUACAAAAACAUAAAUCAAUUACCUUUAGAGGAAGGUAUCCCUACAGCCAAUGAUAAUCCCAUGUGAGCUGCUGCUCAGAGUAACUGAAGAAACACUGCUCAGAUCCUUUAUUUUAUUCCUCAAUGUGAACUUUAUUUAUUUGGACUCUUGAUGUUGGGGGAGGGGGGUGGGGGUUUGGGGGGUGGGGUGUAGAGGAAAUUGCUUAGAUGUAAAUGUAGGUUGCUUCCCUUUCUUAGAAUUGAUUUUCUUAAUGGUUGUUAAUUUUUGUUAUUCUUCAUGAAAAUAAGUCUUUAUUUACAAGUCUCACAUGUUCUCGGUUGAGUUUCAUAUUUUAACUUACAAGAGGUGUGAGUAUGUUUACAGUUUUGUGUAUUUUUUUGUUUUGUAAAGAUAUAUAAGACCUGGGAAUUAAGCUUUUUUUUAAUUUACAUAAUUUAAUAGUGUUAUGAGAAAAAUAAGCAUAUGACAAGUGCAGCUACAAUGUUUGCCUUAGAGGUUAAAGAGGCCAAACUAUCGUGAGGGAACACAUGAUUUUAUUUCAUGGAAACUGCAUCGCAACAGUCAUAACAGCGGACGUGGCCCCUAUUUAUUCAUUUUGAAGCUUUAUUUUUUAACAGGAAGUCUCUGGUUAAACCUUUUGAUUGUUUUUUUUUACUUAAAUGUUCACAAAGUAUUCCAACCAUGCAGAGUAAAUAAGUGAUCGGCCCCAUUUCGUGAUGAAAACAAAUUAAAAAAAGAUUUCAAUGAACCUAUCGACAGAAUAUGUAAUGAAAACAUGUUAAAAACAUUGUGAGCAAUAAACAAUGUUUACAUUAAAAUUGAUAGAUUAACUAAUAAAAUUAACUAUAAUAAUUUGUCAAAGAAUAAAAAACAAAAACGCCACUUCCAUAAAAUCAGCUAGGUUCUGGAUUUCAUGACUGCAUUAUAUAUUUCUGUCUAUUUUCAUAUGAUUAUGUGUGACAUAAGAUUUAAUAUUGACCACUAACAGUCGCUUUAGUGUCACAAAGUCCCUUGAAUGAAAAAAAUGUAAUUAUUGAAUGAAUCAAAGGCAGCACUUCAGAGAUGUAAAAAAGGAAUAAUGAGCAUUUCAAUGUUUUCUCUUUUUCUUGGUCUACCCUAUUGACUGUAAAUUCCAAAUGUUACCUUACUGCCGAUCAAUAAGCACACUCUCUGUCUCUGAAUCAUUUUCUUCUGGGGUUUUAACAUCACUUCACUAUGGUAUAAAUGUUAAGCGAAGUUAUGGAUAAUCCAUCAUAGACUUUAUUAUUGUGCAGUUACGAAGAUUAUGAUCAAUUUGCUUUUAAAACUGCAUUAGCAUGCCACAAAAAAAACAAACAGGGACAGCAGGGAAAGCUGACAUGUUCACUUUGCCAGAUUAGCUAACACAGGCAAGGUUAACAUAUGUGUAGUGAUGAAAAGAUGAAAAAGACCUGAAAGAUCUCAGAGUCCUAUAAUGCGGAAAUCAGUUAGCAUCUUAGCAUUUCUGGUUCCCUGUUCUCAAAGUUUUUGAAAUGUGUUUUGGGUAAAUGCCUGAAAUAAGGUCUGUGGUUAACACAUGCUGGAGAGAUGUUCACACUUUGUUCUAUGACAUAAAUUUUGUCAGUAAAUACCCCACUUAGCUUCUGUUAGCAACUACUGUUCAUAAAACUAGCGGUUGCUAAGAAGUGACCAAAUGAGACAGCUAAACGUCAUCAAGCCAAACAUUAGCCGCCUUUAGCUUAGUGGUGGUGACCUGCAGCCAUGUAGUUGUGUAUAGCCUAACGUUAGCUUUCUACUUCACCCGGUUGUGUUGACGCUUCAAGUAUCAUAAAGUGGUCUUAAUAUGUGGAGAUUAUCCCGCUGAAAAAAAUGGGUUUACAAGUAUCAUAAACGUGUGUGUGCCACAGAUCUUAUGUUCUACAAUAUUCAAAAAUCCAAUGGAACAAUCCUAUUUAUUUCUUGUUGAGGGAGCCCUAGCGAUGCUAACUUCUGGGCAUCUAAAAUAAGCUGUCACUAGAUGCCAUAGUGAAGGUGUGGUACGUGAUGUAGAACCCCUGGUUUACACAGUAUCUCUAUGACUCCAUAUAUCUCAUGUCCACUAACUUGUGACUGCUACUCUCAACUGGCCAUUUAACAGUUCGAAUAGCAUUUGUUCUUCAAAGAAGUUUCCAGCUUCCCAAUGUUUUUGAACGCAGCUCUUACCUAGGCACAGUUAUUUAUUUAAACCAUGAGCAGUGGUUUUCAGGGAAGACAUUUCCUUUAACUAUUUUGGAAUCAAAUGCUUUCUUUAAUCACAACACAUAGUGGCAGACUAAAGGAAGUACUUACUUAAUCCAAUCUGUUUACAGAAUCGGGGCCGCUCAAAUCUCAGAUUGUGAUUUUUGAAGUUUUCUCAAACCUCUGUAGAACAGACCAAGCACUUAUCUACCUGGAUAAUUCAGCAUACCUCUUUUUAUGGGUACGGACUGUAUGAUAGACGUGUAGACAGUUUCUGUGGCGUUGUUUCUAACUUUUUACAGUGGUUACUUCAUUGUAUUUGUAGAUUUUUGGUGAGCCAUUUUUUACGUGUUCUUAUUUUUACCUGUACCUACAACAUGACUGUUAUAUGCAGAUUGAGCAUUUUUCAUUUCCUUUUUUUAUCUUUGAAUGUUCAAAAUGAGUUGUGUUUUGUUUAGAUUAUUUUGUAAAUAUUAUGCAACAUGUCAUGUUUUGUUAAUUUGGUAUGAAAAGGGUUUUGAAGAGAAAAAACAGCAUUUU